AUGGAUGAGACGUUAAUUGCUACCAUUAACAAAUUACAAGAUGCAUUGGCUCCUUUAGGUGGUGGAUCAUCCUCACCAGUAGACUUGCCUCAAAUCACUGUUGUCGGAUCCCAAUCUAGUGGUAAAUCGUCAGUAUUAGAAAAUGUUGUUGGUAGAGAUUUCUUACCUAGAGGAACAGGUAUUGUUACCAGAAGGCCCUUGGUUUUACAAUUAAUCAACAGAAGACCAAGCAAGGAUUCGAAGAAAGCUAGUGAUUUGAUUGAUGUUAAUUCUUCAGAAAGUACGGGUGGUCAAUCAGAAAACAAUGCUGAUGAAUGGGGUGAAUUCUUACAUUUGCCAGGAAAAAAGUUUUUCAAUUUUGAAGAUAUCAGAAACGAAAUUGUUAGAGAAACUGAUGCCAAAACAGGUAAGAAUUUGGGUAUUUCACCAGUGCCAAUCAAUUUGAGAAUUUAUUCUCCUCACGUUUUAACGUUAACUUUGGUUGAUUUGCCAGGGUUGACAAAAGUUCCAGUUGGUGACCAACCUAAGGAUAUUGAAAGACAAAUCAAAGAUAUGAUUAUGAAAUUUAUUUCCAAGCCCAACGCAAUUAUCUUGUCUGUCAAUGCUGCCAAUACAGAUUUGGCCAAUUCGGAUGGGUUGAAAUUAGCAAGAGAAGUUGACCCUGAAGGUGCAAGAACUAUUGGUGUUUUAACCAAAGUGGAUUUAAUGGAUCAAGGUACCGAUGUUAUUGACAUCUUGGCUGGGCGAGUCAUCCCAUUGAGAUUUGGUUAUGUUCCAGUGAUAAACAGAGGUCAAAAGGAUAUUGAAGCUAAGAAAACCAUCAGAGAUGCAUUAAAGGAUGAAAGAAACUUUUUCGAAAACCAUCCAUCAUACAGAGCCAAAGCCCAAUUCUGUGGUACGCCUUACUUGGCCAAGAAAUUGAAUGGUAUUUUGUUGCACCACAUCAAGAGUACUUUACCUGAUAUCAAGAUGAGAAUUGAGCAUUCAUUGAAAAAAUACCAGCAGGAAUUAGCCAUGCUUGGUCCUGAAAUGGCCGAGUCGCCAGCAUCAAUUGCAUUGAGUAUGAUUACUAAUUUCACGAAAGAUUACACUGGGAUUUUAGAUGGUGAAUCUAAUGAAUUAAGUUCUCAAGAAUUGAGUGGUGGUGCCCGUAUUUCUUUUGUUUUCCAUGAAAUUUUCAAGAAUGGGAUUAAUGCCAUCGAUCCAUUCGAUCAAAUUAAAGAUGCUGAUAUUAGAACUAUUAUGCAUAACACCUCGGGGUCAGCUCCAUCGUUGUUUGUAGGUACCCAAGCAUUUGAGGUUUUGGUAAGACAACAAAUUAAAAGAUUGGAAGAGCCUUCAGUUAGAUGUAUCAAUUUGAUUUUCGAUGAGUUGGUCAGAAUUUUGUCACAAAUCAUCAGCCAACCACAAUAUUCCAGAUACCCGGGUUUGAAAGAGCAAUUGUCUCAGAAUUUUAUUUUAUACUUGAGAGACUUGUUGGUUCCAACCACUGAAUUUGUUAAUGAUAUAAUUCAAGCUGAAGAAACAUACGUUAACACUGCUCAUCCAGACUUGUUAAAAGGAACACAAGCAAUGUCUAUUGUGGAAGAGAAAUUUCAUCCAAAACCUCAAGUUGCAGUUGAUCCUAAGACUGGUAAACCAUUGCCACCAAGUCAACAACCAGCACAAGCCACAUCUCCUAAACCAGAAGACGGAACUUCUAAUGGAUUUUUCGGUGGAUUCUUCUCUAGCAAAAACAAAAAGAGAUUGCAACAAAUGGAGGCUCCACCUCCAGUAUUGAGGGCCACAGGUACUAUGAGUGAAAGAGAAACUAUGGAAACCGAAGUUAUCAAAUUAUUGAUCUCUUCAUACUAUAAUAUUGUUAAGCGUACUGUUAGUGAUGUUGUUCCUAAAGCCAUUAUGUUGAAAUUGAUCAACAAAUCCAAGGAUGAGAUCCAAAAGACUUUAUUGGAGAAGUUGUACAGCAGUCCAGACUUGGAUGAUUUGGUUAAAGAAAACGAACUUACUGUUCAAAAGAGAAAGGAAUGCGUUAGAAUGGUCGAAGUGUUGAGAAACGCUAGUGAAAUUGUUUCUAGUGUUUAG